UGUCAACCAUUUGUUGAUGUUUUUAUUCCAGAAUUGGUUUUUGUAUCGUCGACUAGUCGCAUUGAAUAGAUUUUCACAAUGAAAAUCGCUCGUUAUAAGAAAGCACAAAAAACAUUGAGUUUUUAUCGAAAUAAUUUCGGAUUUCGGGAACCAUAUCAAAUAUUGAUCGACGCUACAUUUUGUCAAACAGCAUUAAUUUUUCAAAUUAGCAUCAAAGAUCAAAUCCCUAAAUAUUUCCAAGCCGAGACCAUAUUAGUAACAACACAAUGCAUCAUUUUGGAAGCGGAAAGUCUUGGUGCGAAAGUUCAAGGAGCCACAAAUAUUGUCAAACAGUUUCUAGUGCACAAGUGUGGCCAUGAAAAGGCACCCAAAAAUGGCAUCGCUUGCAUUAAAUCGAUGAUCAAAAAUAACCGCUAUGUGAUUGCAACGCAAGACCGUGAACUGCAAGAUUACCUCCGCAAAAAGCCCGGCCAACCAAUUAUGUAUUUGCACAAGAAAACACCAGUGUUGGAGCAACCAUCGGAAUUAAGUCGCAAAACGGUGGAAUUUAAAUUGAACGAGUCGUUUAAAUUCGGAACGGCUGAUGAGAAGAAACUUGUUGCCAUAAAGAAAAGUGAAGGCAUCCCAGUUGCGGAAAGAGACGCGCAACCAAAAUUGAAGAAGAAAAAGAAGAAGCAGCCGAAUCCUCUGUCGUGCAAGAAAAAGAAGAAGAAACCUGGUUCAAGUGCCGCACCGAAAAAAGCAAGCAUCGAUUCCAUUCAAGACAAAACCAUUGGAAAGAAGAAGCGUAAACGUGUCAAAGUCCCGACUCAUAUCAAAGAAAUACUGCAAAGUGACAAAUAAAUCGAUAUACAAAAAAUAUGAUAAGCUCAAUUUUUAUUUUUCAAAUAAGAAAUGCAAUUUUAAUGUAAUUUAUUCAAUAAAUUUUAAACUGUUCACAAAAGUUGAUCAUCGAAA